AUGCCUAUAGAUUUGGGCCUCUCGAGAGUCUAUCUGCUCUUGAAGCAAUUGAAUAAUCCACAUAUCAAUGCUUACAAGACUAUCCAUGUAGCUGGCACGAAUGGCAAAGGCUCGACAGUGGCAUACCUCUCGUCAAUUCUUACAAAGUCGAAAGUCAGAAACGGCCGCUUUACUUCGCCCCAUAUGUUGUACUACAAUGAUUGUAUUUGUAUCAAUGACGAAGUCUACCCUUUGUCUAAGUUCCAAAAAGUGAGCAAUUUAGUACAAGAACAGAACCAAUUGCACAAGUUGGGCUGUACCGAGUUUGAGCUAUUGACAGUAACAGCAUUCAAGAUCUUUGAGUUGGAAAAUGUUGAAAUUGCUGUAGUCGAAGUUGGUCUUGGAGGUCGUUUAGAUGCUACCAAUGCAUUGGAACCCUACAAUAAGACUACAAAGGGUGGAGUCAUAGCCACCGCCAUCACAAAGAUCGGUAUUGAUCACGAGAACUUGUUGGGGAACACACUAGCCGCAAUUUCAGGCGAAAAAGCAGGGAUUAUCAAGAGAAUGAUCCCUUGUGUCCUAGAUAGAACUAACGUAAAAGUUGUAGUAGAAACAGUCCAAAACAGAGCCAAUGAAUUGGAUGUGCCAUUGACCUUGGUGGAUGGAAUUGAAGAAGCAGAGCCUGCUCCGGCACAAAUUAUAUCGCAAGAAGUGCAAGAUUUACUUACACUAUCGCCCUUGAAGGGAGACUACCAACUCCAGAACUUAAGUGUGUCCUUAAAGGUAGUAGAACUUGUCAGUCCAUACUUUUUGGAUGACGCCGGCAACUGUAGGAUAACGAACGAAACUAUACGCUCAGGAAUCGGUGCAACACGAUGGCCGGGCCGUCUUCAAAGUGUCCAAAUCCCGAAUUUUGAUUUUAGUGUUCUCUUGGAUGGAGCUCAUAACGAGAGUGCAGCCAUUGAGUUGGGUAAACAUCUCCGGAAGCAGAGAAAUGGCCAAGGGAUUAUAUUUGUUAUCGGCAUGACUAAGGGUAAGUCUUUGGCAAGUUUGUUGUCUCAUAUAGCGGAAAAAACCAAAGACACCGUAAUUGGAACUUCUUUCACACCUCCCGAGAAUAUGCCAUGGAUCAGUAGCUUUCCAAUACACCAACUUCAGCAAGAGGCAUCUCAGUAUGUUGAAGAUGUGGAUAAAUUUGUCGGAGAAGAUAUCUCCAAGGUAUUUGCACAUGUCAAGAAGUACAGAGAUCAGGGUGAUGAGAGACAAGUUGUAGUAUGUGGCUCGUUGUACUUGUGUGGAGAUGUUCUUCGAUUGGUAGAGAGUGGUGAGAGUAAUUGA